AUGGCCGAUGAUGAUACGGCCGACGGUGAAUGCCAGAGUCGAGCCGAUGGUGAGCAUCAUUGGGAUUGUAUAGACGGUUCUGAUCUGGUCGUGGACAAAAAGCAGCACAAACACACUGGCGUAGUACGCAAAGAAAGGCACAAGGCCUUGCAUUGCUUGGCUCUGUUCCUUUUUAGAUUUCACAUGCUGGAUCACGUUACGCCUGGCAGAGUAGAUGUUGAAGUAGAGGAAGAACCCAGCAAAGGUGAGCGCGAGUUUGAGGGCCGCAAUUGGGUAGUUGGAAGACAGGUUGAUCGAGGAGAGGUCGAGCGUGAAGACCUCAACUUUCCAGAACUGGGGGCCCACGAACGCCGUGAUGAAGAACAACACCACGAGCAACAGAAUGCCCUCCACGGGGCCGGAACACUCACUCAAAAACAGUGUGUGCGUGUAGAACUCUUCCCACGUGGAGAGAUAGAAAUUCAUGAGGGUUGCGAACUGAGAAAGGUACACCAUCCAGCCUCUGCCCAGGCCUGCGACCGACGCGAAGAUCAGCACAGACAUGGAGGUAUUGACGGCGUCGACACAGUGGUCGAAUAG